AGCAGGCCGCCGGCUCCGCGGAGCCAGCCGCUCGCCCCCGGGGGCUGGGAGAGCGCACGGGGUUGGUUGGCAGUGCCGCGGUUGCUGGCGGGCGCCGGUACCCUCGGCGCGAGGGGUUUGGGCUCACCAUGCCCCAGCGGGGCCGGGCCGCCGGGCAUAAGCGGAUCCCCGGCUUGCCCCCGCCUCGGAGCACUCGGAUUAGCUGCAGCUGGCGCCCGGGGAUUUGAACGUGGACCCCGGGAGGGAGCGCACCUAGGCCGACCUCGGAGCGGCGGCCCCGCGGCCAACAUGCUUCGCAAAGGGUGCUGUGUGGAACUGCUGCUGCUGCUGCUGGCUGGGGAGCUACCCCUGGGUGGCGGCUGCCCACGGGACUGUGUGUGCUACCCAGCGCCCAUGACUGUCAGUUGCCAGGCGCACAACUUUGCCGCCAUCCCAGAAGGCAUCCCUGAAGAGAGCGAGCGCAUCUUCCUCCAGAACAAUCGCAUCACCCUCUUGCAGCAAGGCCAUUUCAGUCCCGCCAUGGUCACCCUGUGGAUCUACUCCAACAACAUCACCUACAUUGAUCCCAACACCUUUGAGGGCUUUGUGCACCUAGAGGAACUGGACCUCGGUGACAACCGGCAGCUGCGGACGCUGGCACCUGAGACGUUCCAAGGCCUGGUGAAACUUCAUGCCCUCUACCUCUAUAAGUGUGGGCUUAGUGCCCUGCCUGCGGGCAUCUUUGGCGGCUUGCACAGCCUGCAGUACCUCUACUUGCAGGAAAACCACAUUGAGUACCUCCAGGAUGACAUCUUUGUGGACCUGGUCAACCUCAGCCACUUGUUUCUCCAUGGCAAUAAGCUGUGGAGCCUAGGCCAGGGUCCCUUCCGGGGCCUGGUCAACCUGGAUCGGCUACUGUUGCAUGAGAACCAGCUGCAGUGGGUCCACCACAAGGCUUUCCACGAUCUUCAUAGGCUGACCACUCUAUUCCUCUUCAACAACAGCCUCUCAGAGCUGCAAGGUGAAUGCCUGGCCCCCCUGGCAGCCCUGGAGUUCCUUCGCCUCAAUGGGAACGCCUGGGACUGUGGCUGCCGCGCUCGAUCCCUGUGGGAAUGGCUGCGGAGAUUCCGAGGCUCCAGCUCUGCUGUCCCCUGUGCCACCCCCGAGCUGAGGCAAGGCCAGGACCUGAAGCUGCUGAGGGCCGAGGACUUCCGGAACUGCACAGGGCCAGCAUCGCCACACCAGAUCAAGUCGCACACACUCACCACCACUGACAGAGCUGCUCGCAAAAAGCAGCUCCCCCAUGGCCCCAGCAGAGACAGGGGCCAUCCUCAUGGCCAUCUUCCCGGUUCCAGGUCAGGCUACAAGAAGCCAGGGAAGAACUGUACUAGCCACAGGAACCGAAACCAGAUCUCUAAGAUGGGCGCCGGCAAGCAGCCCCAUGAGCUGCAGGACUAUGCCCCCGACUACCAGCACAAGUUUGGCUUUGAUCUCAUGCCCACAGCACGGCCCAAAAGGAAGGGCAAAUGUGCCCGCAGGACCCUCAUCCGUGCCCCCAGUGGGGUGCAGCAGGCCUCCUCAGGCACUUCCCUAGGGGCCUCACUCCUGGCUUGGAUACUGGGGCUGGCGGUUACUCUUCGCUGAGGGCCCAGGGUACCAGCACCCGGCACUGCCACAUGUCCAGCAAGGAACAGCAUUUCUUUUCUUUUCUUUUUUUUCACAAGUGGAGGAUCUGCUGGGUUUCAGGAAAAGGCUGAUAGAGCCUUCAGCUGCUAUCUGGACCCUACCCGGUGGAUUAUAAACCCCAGUGUACAGCCCUAGACGGGAGGGGAUUA